GCUCCGCCCCCUCAGCGCCGGCCGCGGCGGCAGCGGCGGGUUCGAGCCCCGGCCUGCGCGUGCCGCGUCGCCGCUCGGGGGCCGCCUGCGGAGGGCGCCGGGCGGAAGCAGCAGCGGCGAGGCUAGGAGGAGCCGCCCGGCCCGCCGCGGCGAGGCCCGGCCCGGCCGGAGAGCUGCGGCAGCGGCAGCGGCGGCAGCAGCAGCAGCAGCUGGCCCCCCCGCAACACCACCAUGUCUCUCCUCUGCGUGCGCGUCAAGAAAGCCAAGCUCCAGGGGCCAGCAGAUAAAUUCAACACCUACGUGACCCUCAAGGUACAGAACGUGAAGAGCACGACGGUGGCUGUUCGAGGGGACCAGCCGUGUUGGGAACAAGACUUCCUUUUUGAGAUCAGCCGCCUGGACCUGGGCUUGAUUGUGGAAGUAUGGAACAAGGGACUCAUCUGGGAUACAAUGGUUGGGACCGCGUGGAUUGCACUGAAAGCCAUCCGGCAGUCGGAUGAGGAAGGUCCCGGGGAGUGGUCUACGCUGGAAGCAGAGGUCUUGAUGAAGGGCCAUGAAGUCUGUGGCACCAAAAACCCAACCCCUCAUAAGGUUUUGCUGGAUACGAGAUUUGAGUUACCUUUUGAUAUUCCAGAAGAGGAAGCCAAAUACCUCACCAGGAAACUUAAGCAGAUCAACUCACUGGAGGAAGAUGAAGAGGGUCCCUUUCGGGAAGAAGUCCAGAAGCAGCCGCUGCCCACUGCUGCCUCCCAGUGUUCCUUGGAAGACCACGACAGUGCUGUGGAUGACCGGGACAGCGACUACCGCAGUGAGACCAGCAACAACAUCCCUCCCCCCUACCACACCACCUUGCAGCCAAAUGCCUCUGUGCACCAGUUCCCUGUGGCGUCCCGCUUGCAGCAGCAGGGUGUCUCGCGAGACUCCUGCCUGGAGUCCAUGCACAGCUAUGAUCUGGAUUACCGUGACCGAGCAGCCAUCAGAAGAUACGAUAGCUUAGACUCAGCUGUGAGUGGCCGAACUGACCUGGAAUCUGCAUCACAGUCUAGUCAGAUGACAAGCUGCCAGUUGUCUCUAGGAAGCCGGCACUCACUAGAGUUGUCGGAUAGUCCUGCCAGCAGUAGUAGGUUUGGUUCCUCCUGUAACAUCAGUCAGGGAAGCUCCGAACUCGAGGAUGAGCGCGAAGAGGAAGGGGUGCCUGCCGCUGCUCUUCAUCAGAGGGAGGACCAUGGAUGGCCUAGUGAGCAGCAGCCGCCGUUGCCGCCGCCGCCGCGGGAGGAGAUGCGCAAUGGAAGCGAGGAGGUGUGGGGAGGAGAGAAGGAAGCACAAGGGCAGCCCAAGUGCCAGCUCCCUCCAGAAGUGGAGAAGCCCGGAGAAAUUGCCCCAAGGCCACCAGGCAGUUACCAAGAUGAAGACGAGUCUCUGGUGUUUGCCCCUGCGAGAGCCCGCUGGAUCCGAGCCAUCAAUAAAGUGCGUCUCCAGUUUCAAGAGAAGCCUCCUAGGAGAACUAAGCCCUUUGUUGAGAGAAGCCAGGCAGUGAGGCGCCGAAACCCUGACUAUUGUGUGGCAGUAUGGGAGGGAGAGCCCGGGUGGCCGCUGAUUAUGUAUGCUAGCAGAGGGAUCCAAAGGCCAGAAGAUGACAUUGCUUGUGUACUUGAAAGGCCUGUUGUGGACCUCUUAGCCAGAGAGCUGUUCCAGAGGCAAAGAGCCCCACUGUUUCUGGCAGCAAAGAUGAAGAAGCUUCUCCAAGGCCCCACCAGUCAGCUCUCCCUGGGCCAACACCACCACCACCACCAUAGCAAGGUUUCUCCUGUGGAAAUAGAGACGGAUAUGUUGGUCUGCGGGAUCAAGAGGGAAUCUGAUUUCUCGAUCAGCCAGCAGAGGGGCUGUGGGGCCAUGGGGGUGAGUCACGAUGGGAUUGAUGAGGUGGAGCUCAGGUGGGACGGAAGCAUCAAAUCACCACUUGCAUCAGCUCAGCAAAGCCGGUGUGACUCGGAGGGGGUGUCUGAGCACCUGAUGGCAGGGAGCCCUCCGGAACUCAGCCAGCGCACGGAGGCCAGCUGGAGAGCAGUUGCUGGGGCGGGGGAAGGGCUCUGUCCCCCCAGCAAGCUUCCACCCUAUGCUUCCUAUCGCCCCGUGCCCAGAGAUGGCUCAGCAGAUGUGAUUGAGUACAUUGUGAAGGAGCUGCAAGGGAUAAGUCGCAUCCAGACAGAGAUUGCUGAGCUGCAGCAGCAUCUCACCCUGAUCAAGGGCUCCGUGGAUGAGGUCUCCAGCUGUGUGGACACCGUUCUGAGUGAGAUCGAAGGCCUGCAGAGCAGCUGUGCCCAACCCAGCAAAGCCUCUGCUGAGCCAAAGGCCGGGGAGCCCGGGUUCCCAGGCGCUCCCAGCAAAGAGCCCGUGCUGUAUUUUUAUGGCCUCCCUGAGCAGGAGGGGGAGAACACGCAGCAGCUCAUCUCCCGCUUCUUGUCGGAGUACCGCUGUUUCAACGGCAUCCAGCACAGCAAGUACAUCAAGGAGGCGUACCGAUCUGGCACAGCCGCGGGCAAGCGGCUAGCCCCACGCCCUGCAGUGGUGAAACUGGCUAGUGCUGAGCAAAGGGACUUGAUUCUCCAGAAAUCGAUUCUCUUGCAAAGUGCAGGAGUCACCAUUGAGGCCCAUCAUGAGCCAAGCCACCGGAAUGGCCUGGAGGCACCGGGUGCCCAGUGGGGUUCUUUGCCCUCAUCUGGCCAGAGUCAAAACCACUGGGACUCCCUCAGUCUCCAAGGGGAAGGGAUGAGAACUGCUGGAGAUGGGCAGUUCCAAAUGGACUCCUGCCAGACUCAGUACGAGAACACAACCCAAGAAGGCCUCUGUGUAGGGGAGAGGCUCAGCUUCCAGCACAAGUCCAGCCUCACUAAGAAGAGCAACUUGAUCACGGAACUCGAGGAAAAGGUGGAGAGAGUUGUGCAAAGCAGCAGUGAGCCGAACGUGCCCCAAAGCAGAUCUCCUGCCGGUGUCCUUGAUGCGCCUCGCAAGCUGCAGGAAGGUUCUUGGCCUCAAACCCAUGAAGAGGCUUCCUGGCAGUCCUCAGAGGCGCCUGCCGUGGGUGACCUGGGUGCAGAGGAUGGGACCAAGGAGAGCAGCUCCCCAGCUUUAGUGGACAAAGCCGGAGGGCUGACUCCAGGGGAGAGUGAAACGGACGGUGACGCGACUACCCUGGAGUUUCUCAGCCCUGAGCAAGUGAGUCUGUUGGAGGAGGCCCCCGUGGGGAUGGUGCUGGGUUGCGGUGAGGCUCUGCGCAAAUUGGUUGGCAGUAGUGAGACUCUCAAAGACAUGGUCCAGAUUGACCUGAACGAGCAGGAUCCAACAGACCAGGUCUUCAGGGAGGUCUUGGAAAACUCCCAGUACUUCCUUGAACACUCUCGGGACAGCAUUGACCUUGUGGACAUGAGGUUCUACACCAACAAGCUGGGGAAAGCGCUGAGCCACUUCAGGUCUGCGCUGCAAGUGGUGUUCCACAAACUGGAGACAGGAGACCCCGAAGUCCUCCUGGAAGGAGAAAAGGGCUUCCAUAUGGGCAGCGAGCCAGCCCCCGCACUCUGCAGCUCAAGCAUGCACGGCAGCUUGGAUAACUUUGCCGAAAGCCCCCCUAGCCAGUCUUCUGAAAGCCAGGCCAACACAACUGUGAGCAGCGAGAGUGUCGGCCUCACCCAGAGCUCUCCCCCCAGCAUCCCGCUGCCCCUACAUGAAGCACCCAUCUCACAGCUAGCAGCCCCUUCAGACCCUCCAGACCCUGAGAGUUGUGCUGAGCACCCCGUGCCCUCUGGUGAGGCCCAGGAGGACCCCGGCUCCAUGCCUGGAGAGGCAAGCGGGGCUAGGCCCAUGAGCCUUGAGAAGGUGUGUGCUGAGACCAUCUACCUGAACAAAUGCAUCAACAACUUCAAAAACGUCCUGAGGGGAAAGAGGCAAAUGCGCCGGAAGCUCCUAAAGGAACUGGUGCAGGAGGCGAGCUGGUCUUCCUUGCCUGAGGAGAUUCACACAGAAGGAACUAGAGGAGAACUUCAGGGUCAAGAUGAUGGCGAUCCAUCAAAGUCACCGUGGUUCAAAGGAGGGCCAGCAGGGGGUCUCUUCGGCAUCGACAGCAUGCCUGAUCUGCGCAAGAAGAAGCCCAUCCCGCUGGUCAGUGACUUGUCACUGGUUCAGUCCCGGAAGGCCGGAAUUACCUCAGCGAUGGCCACCCGAACCUCCCUCAAGGAUGAGGAGCUGAAAUCCCACGUCUAUCGGAAGACCUUGCAAGCCUUAAUCUACCCCAUCUCCUGCACAACCCCUCACAACUUUGAGGUGUGGACAGCCACGACCCCCACCUACUGCUACGAGUGCGAGGGGCUCUUGUGGGGCAUUGCACGGCAAGGGAUGCGCUGCACGGAGUGUGGGGUCAAAUGCCACGAGAAGUGCCAAGACCUGCUCAACGCCGACUGCUUGCAGAGAGCAGCAGAAAAGAGCUCAAAGCACGGGGCAGAGGAUCGCACUCAGAACAUCAUCAUGGCCAUGAAGGAUCGCAUGAAGAUCCGAGAGAGGAACAAACCGGAAAUUUUUGACCUGAUCAGAGAUGUGUUCAGUGAGAACAAAAUGACCCACAUGCAGCAGAUGAAGACGGUGAAGCAGAGUGUUCUGGAUGGGACCUCCAAGUGGUCAGCCAAGAUCACCAUCACAGUGGUGUGUGCUCAAGGCCUGCAAGCCAAGGACAAAACUGGGUCCAGUGACCCUUACGUGACUGUCCAAGUUGGCAAGACAAAGAAGAGAACGAAAACUAUUUUUGGGAACCUGAAUCCUGUUUGGGAAGAAAAGUUUCAUUUUGAGUGCCAUAACUCCUCCGAUCGGAUCAAAGUGCGGGUCUGGGAUGAGGACGACGACAUCAAGUCCCGAGUCAAGCAGAGGCUGAAACGGGAGUCAGACGACUUUCUGGGGCAGACCAUCAUCGAGGUGCGCACCCUGAGCGGGGAAAUGGACGUCUGGUACAACCUCGAAAAACGAACCGAUAAAUCUGCUGUGUCUGGUGCCAUCCGCCUGCAGAUCAACGUAGAGAUCAAAGGGGAGGAGAAGGUGGCCCCCUACCACGGACAGUACACUUGCCUUCAUGAGAACCUCUUCCACCACCUCACAGACAUCCAAGGAAGUGGGGUGGUGAAGAUCCCCGAUGCCAAAGGAGACGAUGCGUGGAAAGUGUACUUUGAUGAGACGGGCCAGGAGAUUGUGGAUGAGUUUGCCAUGCGUUAUGGAAUUGAGUCCAUCUACCAGGCCAUGACGCACUUUGCGUGUCUCUCCUCCAAGUACAUGUGUCCUGGGGUGCCAGCCGUGAUGAGCACCUUGCUGGCCAAUAUCAACGCUUUCUACGCCCACACCGCCGCCUCCACCAACGUCUCUGCCUCCGAUCGCUUUGCUGCCUCCAACUUUGGGAAAGAGAGAUUUGUCAAACUCCUGGACCAGCUGCACAAUUCCCUCCGCAUUGACCUGUCCAUGUACAGGAACAACUUCCCGGCCAGCAGCCGUGAACGCUUGCAGGACUUGAAGUCUACAGUGGACCUGCUGACGAGCAUCACCUUUUUCCGAAUGAAGGUCCAGGAACUCCAGAGUCCACCUCGUGCCAGUCAGGUGGUGAAGGACUGCGUCAAAGCCUGUCUCAACUCAACCUAUGAAUACAUCUUUAACAAUUGCCAUGAGUUGUACAGCCGCGAGUACCAGACAGAUCCCAACAAGGUGCCAGAUGUGCCUCCAGAAGAACAAGGCCCCAGCAUCAAGAACCUGGACUUCUGGCCCAAGCUCAUCACCCUGAUUGUCUCAAUCAUUGAAGAAGACAAGAACUCGUAUGCCCCCGUCCUGAACCAGUUUCCGCAGGAGCUUGCUGUUGGGAAGAUUAGUGCUGAAGUCAUGUGGAAUCUCUUUGCUCAGGAUAUGAAGUAUGCCAUGGAAGAGCACGAGAAGCACCGGCUGUGCAAGAGCGCCGACUACAUGAACUUGCACUUCAAAGUCAAGUGGCUCCACAACGAAUAUGUCUGCAGCCUGCUGGCCUUCAAGGGGAAGGUGCCGGAGUACCCCGCGUGGUUUGAGCAGUUUGUGAUGCAGUGGCUGGAGGAGAACGAAGACGUGUCCUUGGAGUUCUUGCAUGGAGCCCUGGAGAGAGAUAAGAAGGACGGGUUCCAGCAGACGUCUGAGCACGCCCUGUUCUCCUGCUCGGUGGUGGACGUCUUCACCCAGCUCAACCAGAGCUUUGAAAUCAUCAAGAAGCUGGAGUGCCCAGACCCCGUCAUCGUGGCCCAUUACAUGCGCCGCUUUGCCAAGACCAUCGGGAAGGUGCUGAUGCAGUACGCGGACAUUGUCUCCAGGAGCUUCCAGUCAUACUGCUCCAAGGAGAAGGUGCCCUGCAUCCUGAUGAACAACAUCCAGCAACUGAGGGUGCAGCUGGAGAAGAUGUUUGAGGCCAUGGGGGCAAAGGAGUUGGACCCAGAAGCCAGCGACUCUCUCAAGGAGCUGCAAGUGAAGCUCAACAACGUCCUGGAUGAGCUCAGUGCUGUCUUUGGGAACAGCUUCCAGACCCGGAUCGACGAGUGUGUCAAGCAGAUGUCGGACAUCCUGUGCCAGGUGAAGGGGGCUGGAAAUGCCCCUCCAAAUGCCGUGGCCCAAGACGCAGACAACGUCCUCAGGCCCUUGAUGGAUUUCCUGGAUGGAAACCUGACGCUCUUUGCGGACGUCUGCGAGAAGACGGUGCUGAAGCGGGUGCUGAAGGACCUCUGGAGGGUGGUGAUGAACACCCUGGAGAAGAUCAUUGUCCUGCCGCCUCUCGGCGACCAGACGGGCACCCCGCUGAUUUUCAGCGCUGCUAAGGAGUUGGGACACUUGUCGAAACUGAAGGAUCACAUGGUCAGGGAAGAAACGCGGAGUCUCACCCCGAGGCAGUGUGCCGUGCUGGAACUGGCGCUAGACACCAUUAAGCAAUACUUCCACGCUGGCGGGAACGGCCUGAAGAAGACCUUCCUGGAGAAGAGUCCGGACCUGCAGUCCCUGCGCUACGCCCUGUCGCUCUACACCCAGACCACCGACACCCUGAUCAAGACUUUUGUUCAGACGCAGACCGCGCAGGUGCACGGUGGGAAAGGGAUUAGAGUGACGGCGAGUGAGGAUGUCCGUCCUGAGAAGGGCUCCGGAGUGGAUGACCCGGUGGGCGAAGUGUCCAUUCAGAUCGACCUGUACACGCACCCAGGCACCGGGGAGCACAAGGUCACCGCGAAAGUGGUCGCUGCCAAUGACCUGAAGUGGCAGACCUCCAGCAUGUUCCGUCCCUUUGUGGAGGUGACGAUGAUCGGGCCCCAUCAGAGCGACAAGAAGCGGAAAUUCACCACCAAAUCCAAGAACAACAACUGGGCCCCCAAGUACAACGAGACCUUCCACUUCAUCCUGGGGAAUGAGGAUGGGCCGGAUGCCUACGAGCUGCAGGUGUGCGUGAAGGACUACUGCUUUGCCCGCGAGGAUCGGGUCCUGGGCAUCGCGGUGAUGCAGCUGCGGGAUGUUGCCGACAAGGGGAGCUGUGCUUGCUGGUGCCCACUGGGGCGCAGGGUCCACAUGGACGACACGGGGCUCACCAUCCUGCGGAUCCUCUCGCAAAGAACCAACGACGAAGUGGCCAAGGAGUUUGUCAAGCUGAAGUCGGAGUCCCGCUCCGCCGAGGAAGGGAGCUGAGCCCUGGGCUUCCGCUCGCAGCCCGGGCCUUGUGCCAAUCUGUGCAGGGGUCUGCCCCCUUGAAUCCCCAAGGGGACGACGACGUGCCUCCUGCAGCCCCCUGGGGCCCGCAGAAGACCCCUGCUGAGGACCCGGAAGGAGGCAGGGCCUGGAGGUGGGCUGGCUGGGAGCUGCUGCCGGCUGUGCGGGCCUGCUUUGGGUGCCUCCGCGGCUGUCUCCCGGGAGUCGGUGCUGCAGGACAAGGGAGCUUCUGCUCUGGUUCGGGCAGGCACGUAUUCCGCCAAGCCAAGGGGCAAAGCAGACAUGGGCAGCGGCGGGGCUCUUCCUUCUGCCGAGGAUCCUGGUGCCCGCGAGGGAGCGGAGGCCGGGCCCCUGCCUCUUCCAGACUGGCCUCUAGGCAACUGCAAAGAAGGGCUGGGGAGCUCCCCUUGGGGGGGGGCAGGCUUGCAGCGGCGUCCUCCCCAGAGCUGGGCCUUGAGCGACGUCUCUGUGCACACGAGUGCCGGGCCUGGAUCGGCGUGGCGCCGGAGUGGCCUGGAGGAGCGGCUCUCUCCCCUGGGGAACAAGCACCACACGGACCCACAGCCGCUGGUGGCCACCUGAGCGCAGUCCUCUUCCAGGGCUGCCGUCCUUCCCACCCUGCCCUGCCCUGUCCUGCGUUUGUCCAGCCAAGUGCUUCCCUCUCUGCCUCGCCCGCCCAGUGCCGUGCUGGGCCCCGCUCCGGGAGCCGGUCUGCGCAGUGUGGCCAGCCAGUGUGGCCUCUGGGAAAGAAGUCGGCUCUGGGCUGCAGGAGCAAGCCGGGCUGCCAGCUGCCGGGGUCCCUCCUGGGCGGCCCGGGAGUGGGGCGGUCCCGGCCAGCCCCGCCAGGCACUGCGUGGCUCUUUCAGAAACCGCUCGAGGUCUGCGUGUGGGGCGGGGCUGGGCAGGGGGGCUCUUUGGAUCUGGUGGGGUUGUUUUUUCUAUUUUUCUCUGAGCACUUGUACAGACCUUGCAUUUCACAAAUCCUGCUUGUAGAUGCUGCUGCUCUGUUCUCAGUGGAUGUAAUGUGUAGAUGCUCCUUGGAUCACCACCAUGUUCUUGCUGCGACUCUCAGUCUCUGUUCAAACGUGCCGCUGUGGCAAGAAGCAGUUAGGGUGUAGCCGGGAAUAAACCACCUUUUAGCAGCA